AUCAGCUUCUCGUGAGAGGUGUGUCGAUCGUGUUCGCGCUCGGUAUUUCCCUCGUACAUCAGGCGCAUAUAUUGAAAAUUUUCACGUGAAUUCCAUCUCCUGAGGAUGAAUUAAAAAUUCCUUCCCAUAAAAUAAUAAAGUCGUGAUUGUCAUCUCGUUUUUAACUUGAAAUUAAUUUUUUAAUCUCACAUUUAUUCAUUUUUUUCGAAACUUAUCAGUGUUGAUUAUUGUUUUGAUAGAGUUUCUUAAUAUAUUUUUCAUUGAAAUUGUGAGUUUUGAAGUUCCAGACCCAGAGAAAAAGGGUCUCAACACUUUUGGAAUGUGGAAAAUCCCUUGACCGCGAUUACCCAACGGCACGUGACUUGGCAAUACCCCACCAUCACAUGGAUCCGGAAUCAAUCGAAAACUUCAUCGUCGAAAGCGAACCACUCCCCAAGUGAAUAAAGUGCAUUGUGAAGUCGAUAAAUCAGUGACAAUCCCUUGAAAGUUUUCCUCCCUCAAAACAUGUGAAAAACAAAAUUUGAGUAAUGAGGGGGUUCAAAGUGAUUGGAGUAACAAAAAAUUGAACCAAUGAAUUCAAUCGUCGGGCAAUGGCUGAAUCGGAUGAAGCUGUGAGGAGAAUUCUCCGGCAUCUACUGACAAAUUUAACCACUGGAAUAAUUACGACCGAAACAGCACAGCAUUUGAGCCAGGACGCUCGUAUUUACCAGGGUAACCUGGUACCAGUGCCAUCACCAUCACCACCCACCAUGGUAGCCAGGCCGAUUAGCGAUAGCGUGACAAUUCCAACUAAUCCGUCCAUGGCGUUAACCAGUGCCGCGGUUACGAGCACAGCUAAGCCGGACCAACAUGUCUAUAAUUCCACGGGCUACCUGGUUGAACAGGACGAGCUUGAAUACAGCAUUCUCGCGGCAUUCUCGGACAUGAAGACUGUGCUACUGGCAUGUCUUGCUACCCUGGUGCCCCUCAUCGUCGCCGUUGCCAUUGUAUUUGGAGUCAGACACGCGUGGAGAAAAUACAGGCACCGAAGAACCGGAAGUGAUCUUCCCUGGUACGGGGGCGUGUGUUCCCGAGGCGAUACCCCGGAUUCCCUCCACCAUCGUCCACACUCUGGCAGCAUAACAAUUCAACCAGCGACCAGAAUUCUCUCAGCCCAAGACCUUGUGAAUGAACUUGACGGACCGAGGUAUAUCUGUGAAACGGAAGUAAUGGAUGAAGUGGCACUGGCAGCGAGUAACCAUGAGUACGCUUCGCCUGGUAACCACACAAGCAAAAACGGCAACGGCAACAUUAUCACUCUCACACUCAAGAAUAACCACCUCAUUGUCGAGACUGAGGAACGAGCUGUUACGAUGGAGGAUAACUCGUUUGUCGUUGAGGUACAGCCCAAGUAUAUAAGAGAUGAGGUGGAGCUACAUGUUGGAUCCACUGAUGAUGUUACUAGUGGGGUCACCGAUCAACAGGCGCUCGUUCAUCGUGAGGAAAUCCCCGAGGACCAUUCCUCGGAAUUCCGGACAAAAUUAUUUGGCAGCACGAAUACUGGGCUUUCGCAAUCCGACCUAUCAAUCUCCAGUCAGGGCUCCCUGAACCGUGGAUACAGAUAUGGCAACCAAGUUGAGUACGAAUCCGGGCAAUUUGGUCACACACUCUAUGGGAAUAACUACCAGACAGACAUUCCACCGGGUAAGCCUGACGGCUGCAAGUGGGUGGAGUUUGAUAAAUCACCUGACACCGAGAAAACAUUGCUCAACGACACCAAAGCUCCUAGCUUCGACAAAGAACCCGAUUACGAUAAACGCAACAACAUUGAUACGUCAUUAGAUUCAGGCUCAUCCCUGGAACAUCAGGAUUCAACAGACGCCAGCAACUCAACUGACACAGUAAGAUCGAAUCCAAAUCUCCAAGUAAACGGUGCAACCCCAAAUAAGUUGGAAGGUAUGGAGCGAAAGGGUCUGAUUAACGACUACGACAAGUUGGAUUCCAGCAAGCCAGUGAUAACGGGAGCACUUCUGAAGGAUGAGGGAGUAGACGAAAACUGUCACGACAACAAGAGGAAACUGGGUAAUGGUACAUUGUCACCGGAGCACAGAAACUCAAAGUCACGUGAGCAAAAGCCGGAGGGCAGUGUCUUUGUUCCAUGCCACAAGAGAACUAGUAGUAUCCCACCUCGGCUCAUCGAGGAUAGCCUGGAUAUCGAUCGUAAAAAGGGUAUCGAUAUUUACAGUCAAAUUAAAACCAGUAUUUUGCCCGGUUUGAGUCCAAAAUUUGAAAUUCUACAGAAUGACGUGAGCCCUAUUGACGAGAAGGAGAGUUAAUCCUCAAAAUGAUACAGUACAAAGAUGAAUAUUAGAGGGUAAAGAAUGAGGGAUCUCAUUCGGAUGUCAAUGAGAUGGAGAAACUGUCAGGGUUUACAAAUUGGCAAAAUCUAGAAAAAGCACUCGGCUUGAGGUAGACGUUGUUACCCCGACAAUGUACCACUGAUGACCAUGAGCGUCUGGUUUUCUUGUCACCGGUUUUUGGGCUCUUCAAACUACUGAAUCCCAACCAGUGACAUUUUGCGGUGAGAAUUAAAUGGAAAGAGGGGUAACACACACAUGUGCAGGAACAAUUGGAGACUAACGAACUCGGAGCUACGUGGCUGUAGCAUUAAUUCUCCUGCAUCUACGUAUUUUGACUGAAUAAAUCAAUGACGAGGACUGAAAUUCACCAAACACAAUUUCACUAUAAGAAAAUGUACAAUUUUUUUUUUCUUCACUGCAGAAUCAUUUCUCCAUUUACUCGAGACUGAGGAUAAAAAAAAAUAACUGAACAAGAUCGUGUCGAUUCGGUGAGGAAAGGAAUUUGUAUCGUACCUAUUUCCGUUUGCAGAUGAAGUUGAAGAAGGGGAGGAACUUUUCAAUUUCCCUACCGAGUGUCUGUACAGACACUGGAGGUCGAUAUUUGCACAGGAGAAGUGCUCAUUUCAACUUUUAUGCUUCUCUUUUGUGAGUGCAUUGGAACUUGGUGUGAUUAUUCUGGAGAAUUUUCUCGUUUGAAUGGAGAGGUUGAAGAUGAUGAAGAGACUUGGAGAUCUUGGGGUUGAUAUUGGCAAUGCACUUGUGGGUGUAAUGAGUACAGUAUCUCAGUGAAAAAAACAUUAAGAGUGAAGUGAUCAAUUAAUGAGGACUGGACCAAUGAGGCUUCAAGAUUAUUAGUUACCUCAGCCAGAUUCUUAUUUGAUACUCAAAAUGUACUCGACUGUGAAGGAUUUUUUUUUCAUUCGUUGGGUUGAGAGGUCUCUACUUCGUAUUUUCUAGGAUAAAAUCAUCGGGAAAGAGAGUUUUUAAUAUGGAUCUCAUGGGUCGCGGUAUGCAGUGCCAAUUCCACGGACAUUUUGCGGAAUGACGUAAUGAUAGAUAAAUUGAAUGUUUGCAGCUCGAUUUUAAUAUUUAUAUCUCUGUUCUCGAGUUAUAACUGUGUUAUGAAAAAUUCAAAUUUUAUACGCUUACGUUGUAUGUUAACUAAUGAUUGUCGUUGUUAAUAAUCCAAUUGUAUGUGUGAUACUAUCAAUGUUUGGCCCCCAUCGAAAUAUCAUAGGAGAAUUUAUCCCUUUGGCUUUACCGAGUCUUUUAAUUUUCAUUUCUGUGAGAUAGUGAUAAAAAAAAUCCCUAGAAGUGAAUAGAAAAUUCCCAAUAACUAGAAAAAUGAUCAUUUUCGUUGCUAGAUAACAAAUUUCAUCGUUGAGAUUCAACAUGAUACUGUAAAUUUCUUUAGCGCAUUAGCUGCACUCGAUUGAUUGUAAAAGCUAGGUGACAAUUGGCAUUACUUGUACGGUAAAUUAUUGUAAUCAUUAGAAGUAAUUAGUGCUGAAACAUAAUGCAAUUGAAAUAGAUUUUAUAUAAAAGCCAACAAAUCAUUGAAUGUGUCAUGUUAUCUCUCACAACUAUUGUAAUCUUUACUCGACUCUUUAUGCCACUAAAAAAUAAAAAAUUAAAGAGUUUUUUUAUUGAACUAAUUAAUUACCGAUUUAUUUCAAUCACCAACAAGUAUCCAUUCGCCAAGAAGUUAGUAAAUAGGAUAGAAGAUUUUAUAGAGAAGAUUGUCAAUCGUUCUCUCUUCUAUGUUGAUAAAUUAAUUUUAUAGUUGGGUAAUAAAAUUUAUAAGUCGAGUGGAAAAUUUUUGUUAAUUGCACAUGUCGAAGUAAAAUCAUUCCCUCAUCAUCAAACUAAUGUCACUCAACGAGAUGUAAAAAUCGACUCAUUGAUUUUCACCACUUCACUGCGGAAUUCAUUAUCACUGCAUUAUCAAUCUCUCAUCUUUUUCCACUUGAGAAAAUUCCCAAUGAAGUAACAUAAAGAAAUGAAUUUCGACCAGUAAAAUCGUUUUAAGACAGUAGACUAGCAAAGUCGUGACCUUAGACCUGGAAAUAACUUUUCAUACGUGACAAAAUGAAUCGAAUCAAAGUAGAUUCGUAUUUGUGGACAACCCCAGGUAGUCACUACGCUAAAGUUGGGCAGAAUAAGGUCACUGCACCCGGUGAAAAUUGAUUUCAAUAAAAUCAAUGAAUGUAUACAUCAACGAAUUCAAUAAAAUCAGUGCAAACAGCUGUAUAUAUUAUCCAACUUAUUAAAUAUUUAAAUUGGCAAAAUCAGUGUUUCAAAUUUUUAUUGUACUGUCUUGUGAAAGAAUAAACUCAUUAUUUUCAAUUGCAGUCGAUAUUUACGAGUGAUAAAUACCUUUACAAGUGAAUUAAGGCCUUGUUGAUGAAAAAUUCACUAAAGAAAAAUGACAAAAUCGAAUCAAAAUGAAGGAAAAUUGUCCUAAAUAUUCAAAAUUAGUAACAAAUUGUUUGCACGCCCUCAUAAAAAAUGCUCUGCACACAUGGGCAUCAGCAAUUGGACCAUGGCUGUCCAUAAAUAUUACAAUUAAUUGAAUAAAAAGAAAAGGAUGCAAUUCAAAUUCUGUAACCGAGCCGUAAUAUAUUCACGUUAUUCAAUAAAUCUAUCGAUACAACGUAACUCUAACACCUAGAUUUAACCAAUUCCAUAGACUGGAACGAUUUAUAAUUUAUCAUGUAAGUUAAUGAAUGAAGAAAGAAUAAAUAAAUUUAAUGAACAAAAA